GCAAAAUCCUUUCCAUGAGCAUAAUGAAUUGGUCAGAUUGUUCAAAACCGCAUUGGAUAUAAUGCAUUAUGAUGAACACAAAAUCAUUAUCAGCGCUGACAAAAGACCCACAGGUAGCCAUGCAAGACAAUUUGAUGCUCCCACUAUCAAUGAAGUCGCAGUGGUGAUUGUUGGCGAGAAUGUGGAAUCACGCGAUAUUGUUCUUAAGCGUCGGGAUGAUGGCCAAUUGCAGCGAGUUUAUGAGACUCAUCGGUCAUAUGAUGCUCUUCAAUACCCGUUGAUGUUCUGUCGUGGAGAUGGUUAUCACUUCAACAUAAAGAUGGUUAAUCCAAUGACAGGUUCGUUGGGCGCCGAGGAUGCCCUCGCACAGUCCAUUGCGACAACGCGACGAACUUCGUAG